UGGAGUGGGGUGAAGUGACCCACUCUCGCCCGUGCAGCCGCCGUCUCUCAGUCAGUUGCAGGCGUCUCACCGCGCAACAUGGACGCCACUCAGAUCUACACAGCUCUCUUGCUGCUCCUGGCGCACAUCAUUUGCUCGCAAGGAGGACCACGCCUGAAGAGACCCAGAGCGACAGAUCCUGAAGACAGGAACGUAGCUAAACCAGGAGCCUACAUUCCUCCCGGCUUUCUCAGUCCAUCAGUUCAGGAAUAUCUCGAGCUUGGCAAGUCAAUACCAGGUCGUCCAGGCACUGACUACCCCAUCUUGGGCUUGGUGCCGUACACUAACUUCUACUGUGAUGACCAGCCGUUCCCUGGGUUCUUCGCCGACGUGGAGACGCGGUGCCAAGCUUGGCACUACUGCGACGUGGACGGUCGGCAAGCUUCCUUCCUGUGUCCCAACGGCACUCAGUUCCAGCAAGCCGUGCUAGCCUGCGAUUGGUGGUUUAACGUGCGCUGCGAACUUAGCCCUAAACUGUACGCCAUCAACAGCCGGCUGUACGGCAAGCCUCGUGCCGAGAGCCCCACGCGGCCGCACCGCUUCAUCACUAAGGAGCUACUGGAGAAUAUCUUCGUCUAGCAUUCUCGUAGCAGCGCGAGUUUUCUCGCUUCGCGAAGUAAAUAAUAAACUAUAAAUGUUGUUUGUUAUACAACACAGUUCGUUGUGGCUUGUACCGUCUAGUUCAUUUCUACAGGCGGUUAAUACAUGGGUAGAUGAGGCCUCUACCAAACAUACAACAAAAUUUCUGAGCAAUGCAAUGUAGUGGGACCAGUGAGCAGUAAAUCAACGUUGCAGUCCAGAGUAUAGGGAAAAAGUGUUCACUGACAUCAACAGGUUGUACUUGAACAGUAGAGCAGUGCGUCUUCAUGAUGUUCUUAGCUUUGUAAUGCUAGACAUGAAGCCCUGUUUCUGCAGAAAAGUGCAGUGUGACCAUAAUCCACCAUGCCAAAUAAGUGUAGACGACCUUUAUGUGACUGGAGCCUGGGUUCGAACACUAAAAACGAACUUAUCAAGUAAUUUAAUGUGUUCAGUAACAGAGACCAGCCUUGACAUAAAAUUUUGUUUGAGAACACAUUCUCAGUUGUAGCAAUAAUUAUUUCACCAUUUACUACAGUUUAGUGACUUAACCAAACUGAUAUUCAGGGUUUCUAGUAGUAAAGACUCGUGUUUAAAGUGCCGUAAAUAGGUAUCAACUCCUGUGUGUAAAAUCAGACAGUGACAUAAUACGAAAUAGUUUCCUCAAGUGCAGUGUGUUCCUGGUAACGAAGUAGCCUUGAACAGCGUUACAUUUCGCUCGGCAAUUGGCAAAGAUAUUUAUGCACUAAGAGCAAAGGAAGCGCUUAACACUAAGUAUCACAUAUGAUAGUCCAUAUUAUUUUUCUUUCCAGAGGUAUGCGAAACAUUGUACACCUAGGCCAUCUGGGCACACUGCGCCUUUAAUAAUUCGCAAUUUAUCAUUGUACUUCCCGUACACACUUCAUUUGGCAGAAUUAUAUUCACGUGGGCGCCGGUAUAAGCUCACAGCGUAUUCAAACGAUGCUGAUACGAAUCAUCUUUUAAUCGCGACAUUACGUUACUACAAUGUACAAACAUCGAAUCUAAUCUUGUACAACUCAUUUACACAGCUUGAAAGGUAAAAUGCUAUUCAUCCUGAAUUUCAGGUGGAGGAAGAGAAAUAUUUUUGCUCAGGUAGAAGGGACCGUACAAUCCAAUUGAUAUUUCUAUACUUUUUUGGCAAGGCAGUGUGAGUAUCUCACUAUUCAAUUACAGAUCUGGACAGUAUCUGCGGCCUCGAAAAGGUGGUUGAUGCCAUAUGUACUUUUCUUAAACAAAAUGUGCUCUUCUUGUCGUGAAGUGAAAACAGAUCUACGCUCAACUGACUUACGAAAGUAAUGUAGCAGAUGUCUUUUAAGGAAGUCCCGAAGAUACCGUCACGUCGUUUUAUUUCAAAGUACAAACUGCUUAAGAAGAUUUAAGUCUUAUUUUCUAGAGGUUUAAAAAUCCUGAUUUACAGGGCCAUUUCAUAAGGUCUUCUAUGUUUUUAAUUAUUACCAAACUGUACAUAAAAAUCUAACUACUACUCUGUGUUUUCAUUUAGGCAAUAUUUGCGUGACAAUAAAGAUGGUUUACUACGUU